AUGGUGAUGGACCAGUUUAGAGAGGUUUGCAGUUCAGAAUCUGCAGAAGAUAUGAAAGGGGUCCUUCGGUGCGUCCCAUAUUUGGUUGCGGAGGAUAUAAAUUCGGAGAGUUUGGGAGCGAAAUCCAACUCUAUAAGUCAAAAUCUCAAGCUUCAUGUUUCCUUUUCGAUCGUAUUAGUGAGAAGUUGUUGUCCUGGAAGCGAAAAACUGUUAUCACGAGCAAGAAGAGAAGUUCUUCUGAAAGUAGUUGCUCCGGCAAGUCCCAGCUACAUGAUGUCUUGCUUCAAUUCCCUCCUGCUUUCUGCUCUAAAACGGAUAGCCUCAGGAGCAGAUUUUGGUGGAGCAAAUCGGUCAAGGAUGGAAAGGUCCACUAGAAAAGUUGGAUUAAACUAA